AUGAACGACGUUCUCCGAGAUUAUGAACGCAGAAUUGAGCAGUUGAAUAUGGAGAAAUCGGAUUUGGAAGCGGAGAAUUUGAAGCUGAAAGAAGCCCAAAAUCGACAAGAUUCUCAUUAUGGAAAUAUGGAAAAGGAGUGGAUGGAGAAGACGUCAAUGAUUGAUGAACUUCAGAAUCAGGUGCAGAAACUUCUGGAUGAGACAAAUGAACAGAAGAUUACGAUUGCUAAAUUGGAAACAGCGUUGGAAGAUGAGAAAGCAAGACAUUCGAGACAGAACAACACGAUUGGAGAAAUGCAAAAAUUGAUAACGGAAUUGAAUGAAAAGAUUGCACGUCUUGAUAAUGUUGCUCUGAAUGAGAGGAAUUCGACGAGGAAGAUUGAGAGGGAGAAGGAGAAAUUGAAUGAGGAAUUGACGACGGCGAAGGAAAUAAUUCAGAAACAGGCGAAGAAGAUUGACGAGUUGAAAGACGAAUGCCGAAAACGUGGAAACGAAGUGAACAGAUUGGAGAGGAAACUAGAAGACAAGGAGGCGAUGAUGGCUGAUUGUGUGAAAGAAUUGAAGGAUAGUCACAAGGAAAGACUCAAAGAAAUGGAGCAGAAAGUGGAAGAUGUGAAACGGAAAAAUUCGAAACUAGAGAAUGAGAACUCGACUCAGAAGAGUCAAAUCGAGACAUUCCAGCGAGAAUCGAGUGUUGAUUCGGAUUACGGUAGAUCUAGUUCAGGGAGAUUAUCCACGUUGGGAAGACAGUAUUCACUCACUUCGAUUGGCUCAUUUUCAUCGAUUCGGACUGUUGGAUUGAGUCGAAAAGACUCGGUUUCCGAUAUGACGUCAUCUAUGUAUUCGUUGAGAGGUCGGAGAGAUUCCACGUAUGAUAUGACGUCAUCGAUUUCGAAUUCUGUUGGAUUACAAAGAUCUCCGUCGACUUCACAGGUUAUGGAGAAGGAAAGGAGAAUUUUGGAGUUGGAAAAAGAAAAAGCAGCAAUCAACACGGAUCUUCAAUUGGUCAAACGAGAGUUGGAUGUCUACAAAUCACAGUUGUCAGCUGUUGAAUCGGAAAAAGAAUCUCUCCAAGCGACACUCCGAAAGCAAACGAAUCAACUGCAAGAAACCACCCGGCAAUUCAAUUCUGCACAGAAAAAUGCAGAUAAUCUUGCACUUCGACUGAAAAAAGCACUCGCAGAUUGUGAUGAAUGGAAGAAAAAGCAUGAGGAAUCAAUAAAUGAGAGUAAGACAGAGAUACUGGCAGAACGAAAAAGAGCAAUGGAUAGAGCAGAGGCAUCUGAAAAAGAGACUGAAUUGAAGCAGAGUCGAAUGGCAACGAUUGAAAGUGCAAAGAGUGCAUUGAGUGGGGAGUUGGCAAGGACUCAGGCAGAAUUGGAUAGAUGUCGACAGAUAAUUGUGCAGUUGGAAGAGAAUAUCAAGAGUCAGGAGACGCUGGGAAACAGUUUUGAACGACAUCAGAGCAAUCUCAAUUUCGAAAUUGAGAAUUUUAGAGAUGAGAAUUGUGCGUUGAAGGCGAAAAUUCGAAGACAAUACAAACAGAUUGAACUUCUUACUCAGCAAGACGAAACCAACGAUGAGUUGAAUCAUUUCGAAAACAAAACCGAGAGACUUCUCUAA